AACCUACGCCACAGUCAAACCGCCAGACCGUCUUCCCCCCAAACCCCCCAACACCAACUCCGCUCAAACAACUCCUCUUUCGCAAGUACCUCAUCCGGCUCCUCGUUUCGUAGCGAGGAAGAUGCUAUUAUAUUCGAAUUGGGCUCGAGAUGGCUCCGAGCAGGCUUUGAGGGCGAGAGCACGCCCAUGUGUACUGUUGGGUUUGGGCCGGAGGAAUCGAGGAGGACGGGCGAUUAUCGGGGAUGGUUGAAUUACGGCCCGUCUACCGAACUGUCUGUUAGUCCAGAGGAGUGGGCGAAUCCAUAUGAGCUGUGGGGGAUGGAUCUGCGAAAGGUCGAUUUGGGCCUUGUCGAGGAUAAGAUUGAGCGAGUGGUUCGCGAGACGUACAAUAAGUACCUGUUGACGGACGCGGGGACAACACGGCUGGUUCUUGUUAUGCCAUCUCUUAUGCCUCAUCCGUUACUGGCGUCUGUUCUGUCGACCUUGUUCAACCGCUGGCGGUUUCCAAGUAUCACGCUCCUACCAUCCGCAGCCAUGUCCGCGACAGCUGCCGGAGUACGCUCAGCAAUGGUAGUGGAUCUAGGCUGGGCUGAGACCACAGUGACCGGCGUCUACGAAUACAGAGAAGUCGCACACAAACGCAGCACCAGGGCAAUGAAACACCUACUCCAAGAGACAGGCCGAUUCCUCACCCACCUCACCUCAACCAGCACCAGCACCCGAGACCCAACAACAGACGAACUCUCCGUGAACUUCGAAUACUGCGAAGAAGUAGUCACCCGCUUCGCAUGGUGCAAAACCCACACAGAAACCGAACCAACCGAUCUCCCAAACACAACCAUCUCCAUACCCUCCCCCUCAAACCCGGGUUCCGAAUACAUCGACGUCCCCUUCCCCAAAUUUGCCGAACCAGUCGAAAAAGCCCUCUUCGCCCACGGCAUCCCGGAAUCCGACCUCGACGACGAGGAAAAACCCCUCCCCUUACUCCUCUACAACACCCUCCUCGCCCUACCCCCCGACGCACGCGGGAUAUGCAUGUCCCGUAUCAUAUUCGUCGGAGGAGGUUCCCACAUCCCAGGAAUCCGCCAACGCAUCCUCAACGAAGUAAAUGCGCUGAUAAAAACCCACGGCUGGACACAAGUCCGCGGGAAAGCCGUCGAGCGCCAACGAACCCGCCUCCAGAACUUAUCCUUAACGCCAAACCCG